GGGAUUGGCUCUUCUGCCUGCGAACACAUUUGCCAGGACAGCGUUACAUGCAGGCGAGUGUAUGUGCGUGUGAGGUUGGGGGGAAAAAAGUGAGUGAGGGUAUGCCAGUGUAGGUGUAACAGUGUCGUCGAUCAGCAGCGGGCUCUUUGUAUUAUGCAGCCGACGGUACUGAUCACAUUUUGAGGACUGACUCAUCCAGACCAGGCUGUGAAAACGAAUGGAUUAGCAGACAGGGAGACAUUUUAUAGCUUAAAAAAAAGCUUCAGGUCCUCCUAGACUGCUCAAAGGUCUAGUCUGUUUCAGGGAAUGCUGGUAGCCCCCCUCAACCUUGUUUGCUUUCAAUUUGGAAUUGCAUACAGCCAGAAACCACAAAAUUGACAAAAACUCCUGAAAGGAACAUCAGUCCUCAAUCACUGUCUGACUCAGACACAUAUUUGCAUCAGGGACUUGGACGAGGGGAUCUUCUGUCUUUUGCCUGGUCUUUUCCUGGUGGUGAGGACGGUUGCAGGAUCCUAUCCCAGUGCCAGGAGUAAGAGAUAAGAAGGCUGGCAGACAAGACGGGACACACACAGGCAUGGCUCGCCUCAACUGGUGCCUGGCUGCUGUCAUUAGCUGGGGCAAGUUCCUCUUCGCCUGUUUCUUUCCUCUGCGAGGAGCCAAACGUAACAAGCCUGAUGAGCUGGAGGGGGUCCACACACACACCUUCAAGCUGAAGCCGUUUAAGAAGGCGAAAAGUUGUGACAUUUGCAAGCAGGCCAUCACCAAGGAAGGUCUCAUCUGCAAAGCAUGUCGGCUGUCCUGCCAUAAGAAAUGUGAAGUAAAGGUCACUACAUCAUGUCAGACAGCAUCCAAUUCUGAGCCGCCUCCCACUCCGCAGCUGCCGUUAAAGCAUGUAGAUACACCGGGAUCUACGAGGUCGUGCAAAAGUGUGGAGAUUCGGAGAAAGCAGUCAGGGAGCCAGAGUGUGGUUCAGACCAUGGAGGAGAGCUAUGAGGUUGACUUGGUCUACAUCACCGAGAGGAUCAUCUCCCUCUCUUUCCCCAAUGCAACUGAAGAGCGCAGCUACAUCAGCAACCUCAAAGAGGUGGCGGAAAUGCUGCGGUCAAAGCAUGGCGAACAUUACCUGGUGCUCAACCUGAGUGAGCAGAGGAAUGAUUUAACCAAGUUAAACCACAAGGUUCUGGAGUUUGGCUGGCCGGAUCACCACGCUCCAGCUUUGGACAAGAUCUGCAGCAUGUGUAAAGCCAUUGACACGUGGCUCAGUGGAAAUCAGCGCAAUGUGGUGCUCCUGCACAACAAGGGAAAUCGAGGUCGAACAGGCGUAGUGGUGGCUGCAUACAUGCACUACAGCAACAUAUCUGGCAGUGCUGACCAGGCACUGGACAGGUUCGCAAUGAGGCGUUUCUGCGAAGAUAAAGCUCUUCCUGUGGGCCAGCCAUCACAGAGAAGGUAUGUUCAAUAUUUCAACGGGCUCCUGUCUGGGCACAUAAAAAUCAACAAUAAGCCCCUCUUCCUGCAUCAUGUCAUCAUGCACGGCAUACCCAACUUUGAGUCCAAAGGAGGAUGCAGGCCUUUCCUGAAGAUCUACCAGGCCAUGCAGCCUGUCUAUACAUCCGGAAUAUACAAUGUUCAAGGAGACAGCAACACCAGUAUCUGUAUCACCAUUGAACCCGGCCUGCUUCUGAAAGGAGACAUUCUGCUGAAGUGUUACCACAAGAGGUACAGGAACCCGACCCGGGACGUGAUGUUCAGGGUGCAGUUCCACACUUGUGCUAUCCAUGACCUCGGGGUGGUUUUUGGGAAGACUGAGCUCGAUGAGACCUUUAAAGAUGAAAGGUUCCCAGAGUACGGAAAGGUGGAGUUUGUCUUCUCAUAUGGACCAGAAAAAAUCAGAGGUCUGGACCACCUAGAGAACGGGCCCAGCGUUUGUGUGGACUACAACACCCAGGACCCCCUGAUCCGCUGGGACUCGUACGAGAGCUUCAACCAUCAGCAGGAGGACGUAGCGCACACAGAGAACGAUCUUGGGCAUACUCAGGGCCCACUUGAUGGAAGUCUUUAUGCACGGGUUCGAAAGAAAGACUCUUUGGAGGGAGUUGUUACGAUCAAUGGCCUUCCAGUCCGUGAAAACCCUUUGACAAAUACAGAAAGUACUCUGCAACAAUCUAACCAUCCGUUUCAGAAGACUGAGCAGUCCCUUCCAGUGGCAGGCCACACUUCCCUCCCUGCUGUAGAUCAUACUCUUUCUGUGAGCAGUGACUCAGGCAACUCCACUGCAUCUAUCAAGACUGAUCGCACUGAUGACCACAGCCAUUCUCUGCACACUGCUGUGGGCCACAACAACCCUAUAUCAGCCCACCAAACACUUAGCCCACAGGAGAAACGAGAACUAGACCAGCUUCUAAGUGGUCUUGAGCCACCUCCUCAGCGCCAGGCCUACCUGUCUACCAGUCCGGGAGGAGGGGUUCGACAUCUGGUUCCAGCACAGGUACAUGUCAACAGUGGCCAUACCCGGGUUCUCGGGGCACCAUCAACAGAGGAGCGUGAAACUGAUAUCCUUGACGACGGACUUCCUAUUAGCCAGGAGGGCAACAGUGUGGACAGCUUGGGCACCAUCUCAUCGUUAGACGGUCAGGCAACACCAGCUAGCCUCUACUACCAAUCACAGACACCUGUGAGUGGCCAGAACGACGGUCUAUACCUUGAGAGAACCUUUCUAGGGGAAAAGCUGAACGAAAUGCCUGUGCAUGGAGUGCGGACUCCUACAGCAAUGCAGGAGAGGUCGGUAGACUUGUCAUCACCCCAGGGGGGAUACAACAACUACCAAAAUGGAGGUGCAAUAUACCAUUCCCAGUCCUUUGGGAAUCAAGCAUCCAGUAGCCCUGAGACCAAUGCUAAAAUUAUGCCCAAGGCCCCUGAGAGGAGUACCAGUAGUCGAGAGGCAGUUCAAAGAGGUCUUAACCACUGGCACCAGCAUAGUCUUCCAGAUGAUCCUUUUGGGCCACCUCCUCAGUCAACCCACAGCCUGCCUCAUUUCCCAACACCAGCCUCACAGCGAGAUAUUGAACAGUCCAUAGAGGCACUAAACUUGCUGAUGCUUGAUUUAGAUCCAAUCAACUCACAUAUGUCCAAGUCCCACAGUGCACCCCCAGGAGAUAACACCCUCAGUUCAUCCCAGAUACCGUUUUCCCAGACCCUGGCUAGACCAUCCUACCAAGGAGACUCUGCCAUCCAUGGCUACCAUAACUCUGGGUCAGGGAACAACACCUAUCACCAGCAGCCACAGCCAGCUGGGAGAGUUCCAACAGUGCCUAACCAAAGUCCUGUCAUGGAGUCUCCAACAUAUUCCCCCCAAAGGUCCAACACAAGUUACCAAUUUCAGAACACCACUCCAACACAUACUCCUGAGCCCUUUGUUCAAACACCUCAAGGGACCCAGCACUACGCCAUAGAUAGCUCUGCUAAUCUCAACCAGCCAUCUCCACAGAAAGUAAUGAACUCAACAAAUAGAGUUUCACAAUCCCCAGACCUGCAUGGGCCAUCUCCUUACCCAGGGUAUAGCACCUCUUCUUCUCCCGUUCCUGCCCUCACACCCCAACCCAAGGAUAUGUCUUCUUCUCCCUUUCCAAGAGAGCAAGAUGUGGAGGAGGAAACUCUAAACUUGGAAGGCCUGGUUGCACAUCGUAUCGCAGAGUACAACGCUCGUAUUCGGGGCAUCAGUGAAAGCAUGACAUCCCAACAAUCUGACCGCCAUCGUUCUUAUUCCUUCUCUGGAGUUCGCUCCAGAGGAAUGACCCCAGAGGUGACACAGGAGACAGGCAGGCGCCGGACCACGAGCGAGGGGCACUAUCAGAGCGGCCACGAUAACGUCCCAUCGUCCCAAUCACCGGACUUCGCCAACAACCUGGCUCUGAACCCUGGGGGAAGGCCUAGAGAGGGUCCUAUGCACAGUUACCGGGAAGCUUUUCAGGAAGAUGAUGCUGGAAGGCAUGGCAACAGUCCCUCUUUUGAAGCCAGUGCUCGGUCUACUCCAGGUUUGACAAAGACACCUCUAUCUGCUCUUGGGCUAAAACCUCAUCAACAAGGUGGAUCAGACUCUGAUUGUAAUAAUGCAGAGCAAGAAUGUUUCUCAGAUAAUCGCAGCAUAGGGGACUCUAGGCCUCAACCGUUCAGCGGUCCUCUGACCUCCAGCAGUCCUGUCCACACUAUUGAUGGAAGGAGGACUGGUUCUUCAGAUGGUGGCCCCCACGGACCCCCUUCCCCAUACACCCACAGACCUGCCUCUCCUGAGGGAUCCCAGGUCAACAUCAUGGGUGUGCACACCGUCCCCGGCAGCCCAAACACCCUCCACCGCACAGUGGCCACCAACACGCCACCAAGCCCUGCCCUUCAAAGACGAUUAGGUCAAGCCAGCCCCUCCCUGGCCAGACACCAGUCCCCUUCCGGGGCCCCUUCUAGUCCUCUGAUAGGCCGAAACCCUAAAAGUGCAACAGAAGGCGUUCCCCCAAGUCCGCUAAUGGGACGGCGCGCAGUGUCGAGCGGCCGCAGCACACCUGACGAGCUGAGGGCAGCGUCUCGCCAGGGGAGCGCCCAGCCGCCUCCCACCCCUGCCUUCCCUGUCUCCCCGCAGCUCCCCGAGAAGAGACACAUGUCUAGUGGAGACGUGGAGAGGACAGACAACAGGAACCUGAUACCAGCCAGCGGUGGCAGUACGCCAAACCUUUCUGGCACCCAUACUCUCCCAGAUGUCUCCAAGUCUAUCUAUGAUGGCAAUCCAGACAUAAGGAUGAAUGUUAAGUUUGUCCAGGACACCUCUAGGUUUUGGUACAAACCAGAUAUCUCCAGAGAACAAGCCAUCAGUCUGUUAAAAGACAGGGAGCCAGGGGCAUUCAUCAUCCGGGACAGUCACUCGUUCCGUGGAGCCUAUGGUCUGGCUAUGAAAGUGGCUUGCCCCCCACCAACAGUCCAGCAAAAUAAGAAAGCUGGCGACUUGACCAAUGAGCUGGUGAGGCACUUCUUGAUUGAGACGAGCCCCAAAGGUGUCCGUCUGAAAGGUUGCCCCAACGAACCCUAUUUUGGAUGCCUCUCCGCUCUGGUAUACCAACAUGCAAUGACUCCUCUGGCUUUGCCUUGCAAACUGAUGAUCCCCACCAAAGACCCAAAUGAAGAGGCACUAGAACUCGCUACACCUACUGAUCCGGUGGUUGAGCUUCUCAAACAAAGCGCUGUUCAGAAGGUUCCAGAGGAAGCUUAUGCUUGCAAUGUUCUGUUCAUCAACUCUGUGGAUAUGGAGUCACUCACGGGGCCUCAGGCUAUUGCCAAGGCCAUAAGUCAGACCCUCACAACCAACCCCCUCCCUGACGCCACCACUGUCCACUUCAAGGUGUCCAUGCAGGGUAUUACACUUACCGACAGCCAAAGGAAAAUUUUCUUCCGGCGACAUUAUCCCCUUAACACAGUGACCUUCUGUGAUUUGGACCCCCAGGAUAGAAAAUGGGUAAAAGAAGGAGGUGGAUCAGUAAAGCUUUUUGGGUUUGUUGCAAGGAAACAAGGAAGCACAACGGACAAUGUUAGCCAUCUGUUUGCUGAGUUGGAACCAGAUCAGCCUGCCUCCGCCAUCGUCAGCUUUGUCUCCAAGAUGAUGAAGCGGUGAAACCCUGAAACUUCAUACGGCAGUGGCCGAGUUGCAAUCGUCCAUCAUCGUUGGUGUCUUUCUUUCAAUGACUCAACGUUGUCCUUGUUUUUUUUUUUCUGUUUAUCACCUUCUCUCUUUUUUUCCCUCUCCACCUCGCUGCUUGGUCUUUCUUGAGAGUCAUCUCUCUAACACCAGGGCUUUGGGCGUUGACGCAGAGUGGAGCUAGGGGAUGUGUUUUUGUGGAAAUGUGCACGUGACAGAAGCGACUGUUGGGGAGUUGAUUCAGGGGAACGUAAGAAAUUGUGGAAUUUUUUUUUUCUUUUUAUCAGUUUUGAUUGAUUUACCAAAGGUAUUGCAAUACAAGUGCAAGAAUGAUGUAGCUAGUAAGCCAUUAACAUUUUCUCUUUUGAAAAGAUGAAGUGAAACAAAAAAAACCUAAACGGAAAAACAAAAAGAUGCGAGAAACUCUCUCUUGAACUUUAAUUCUUCAGGAAAAAAACAAAGGAAAACAAAAGAAAUUCUGAAGAUGUUAUGCAUGUUAGCUUGAUCCUUAAGCUUGGUUCUUCUACUUUCCACAGAAGUAAUUGUGAACUACUUAGAGGUCAUUUUAAGGGUCUGCUGUGUGUUGGAAAGGGCUCUGCAGUGAAACAACAACUGAUCUAAACUGUGCAUAGCAGACCCCAUCUACAAAAAAAAAAAAAGGUACGUUAGUGCAAACAA